CUCUUCUGGUACCUCUCUGAUCUACUUUGGUUGCCUCCGUCAACUCACAUCAUCCCCCUUGCUCUUGCAUAAAUUUUGAAUGACUCAAACCCCACACAACGAGGACACAGAUGUGUUCAGGACGGCAGUCCUCUCCCCCUUCCAGAUAUGAUCAUUCUUCAUCGGGAUUUCCUCCCAGCAAUGCAGCCUUUCCCCUGGCUGGCGACAACUUCAUUUUCCCGCAGUUUGGUGGAGGCCGUCAGUUACGAGGACCCGGAGGUUGAGUUAACUCCGUCAAGAUUAAGGAGCACUCUGAAAGCCACAGCGCGGGACACUGGAGUCAUCAAAGGUGCCUCCGCUCAACGUAAGGGGGCCCAACAGCCGUCCACAGAAAGUCAAGGCUCAAUCACAACCUUGAAUGCUGCCCAGGAUGACAGCGCCAUUACGACCCACAGCGGUCAUCAUCCCUCGCCAUUUACUGGCGAAGGGGCAUCAUUCACUCCCAUGCUGAACACUGGCAACAGCCGUCACCCCUCACCAUUUACAGGUGACCUUUCUUCCCGAACACCAGCUCCCGCACCUAUCCAGGAUAUGUUCUAUGGUCCGACGAGGGAUCAGCCUGCUUGGGCAGGUCAACAGGGUUCUGACAUGUUUGGCCUGCUGGGCGCUGACUCCUUCACGGACUUAAUUGGCGACCAAGAUCUAAAUUCAUCAGCCUUUGAUCAGGGCUUCUCCGGCCACGUCGCGCCAUUUGAUCUUCAGUGCCCAUCUCACUUGCCUCAAGCCUCGCUCGCUCCUCCUCCCUCCACAAACAUCAACCCACCUACACCUGACACACAUAUCCCAAGUCCGGGGUUGCCUCAACACUCACUCGCUCCUCCACCCUCCACAAACAUCAUCCCACCUACGCCUCAUGCACGUAUCCCAACCCCAGGGCCAAGUCAGCACCUAGACUUGAGCCAUUACUCUCCCACCACAAUCUCCAGUGAGCGGUUUCCAGAAGAAUGUCUUACUUCACACUCUGAGGAGCCGCCUGUUGUGGGCUGCAGGUCUGCCAAGACUAAUGCCGCACUUGAUGCAAGCUUUGCGGCAGUUGAUCAGACGCUCCUUGAGUUAUCCAGGACUACUGGAAUGCCGAUGCAUCAAGUCAUCAACCUUUUCAUGAAGAGCUGUGGUCGCACUGCAAGUAGCAUUAAUUAUUGGAACCUCUAUUCCAAUUACUUCAAGGACAACACCAAGCAGGAGCUCGGCCGGCUCGGUCAGAAUCUUGCGGUUGGAGAGCGCACACCAAGUGUAACUAGGCGAAAAGAAUGCUAUGCAAAAUUCAAAGAGCAAUUUCCCGACACGUAUCAAGAUAUUCUCGACACCCACGAGGAGCUCGCUUCACUUGGGGCACUGCCUCAAACAAUUGGACAGCGCGGACAGGCGUUUCAGAGGUUUCAUAGAAGGGUCAUGAAUAUAUUGGAUGUCGCGUCUUCGAAAUUUGGCUUCGAAUCGGCCACUGUCAUGUGCGGCAAGAUCGUGAAUCAAGAUGCUUCUCUCGGUCAUGUGCACACAACACCGGGGGUAACUGAUUUCUUUCUAACGCGAUGCCGUGCGGACAAUGAUACGAUUAUUGGUCAUCUCAAGGCUCAAGUCUAUAACACAGUGUCUUUAUCUACUGUAGAGGAUGCUUUCGCGGAACCGGGAGAUGACGACAUUGUGUCGCUCAAGGACGCAGGUUCCAAGGACCCUGACUCUAAGGAUAUGGAAGAUGAUCAGGCUUCUCAGGCUUCAGACCUGCCGGAAGGACGAGAGGAAAUGGGACAAGAAGACAACAUCAAAUGGAUUAAGAGAGAGAUUAUGAAACAAGUUGCCAAGUUCGGAGGCAAAUUCGGUACCGACAGGGUGUUCCCUUGGAAGCUCAUGCCAAGCGCGCUUGCAGACGACAACAUUUGUAUCAAGGGUUAUCCUGCGCACAAGUGUCUCCUGCCAGGUGAGGCGCGCGACACUACCUCAAAUUCAAAAAGCAAGGGUGUCGCCGGCCUCACGCAGAAGGAGGUAUUGAUUCUCAUGGACUCUUUGAAGUCAAAAACGAUGUAUGUUGAAAAAGUUGAUGCUUCAAAACGUGUGGCGGUGAUGUCAUCUCAGCAACCUGUUAUUAUCGGCGAAGCUCCCCCAUCAGACUACUCUCAUACAGGCGCUCGACGGCUAUUCAUUGAUGGCCACAUAGACUACAAUGGUCCUUCUCGCAUUCAGGUCAGUGCUGCGACUACCAAGGUCAAGAAAUCUACCACUUUGGCCGCAAAAUCUACUACUUCUGUUGAAGUACUAGUACCUCCGCCAUCCCGGCCUUUUAAGGUUGUUGCAAGGCCUGGACCUCCCCCAUCUCGGCCUUUCAAGGUCGUCCCCAAGCCACCCGCUCAUGAGGUCAUCGAACUUUCAACUUCACCCGAUUCUCAAGACGCCAAUGACCAACAUAAUUCAGCAACCGACUCGGAGUAUGAAGAAGCCUCUCAGGGCAAGAGGAAGAAACAGAAAUCUAGUGGUGAGCCGCCUGCGCCAAAGAAGCGCGCAUCACCUGUAGACAUUCUCCCCAAAACAGCAAUGCCAGCUGGACCUUCGGAAGAGAAAUCAGGACCCUCGUCUCAGCAUGCUAAUGCUUCUCCUAUGAAAGGGGGCCCAUUAUCCCCACUGACGGUCGAGUCGUCUUCAACCGAAGAGCGGGAUCUUGUCUUACCCGCUCCUACAAACAGAGCUAAGCGUCUUCGUGACGGCCCUUCAAGCAAGCCCGGAGAAACAAAAGGCCGAACUCAAGCACGACCACUUGUGAAAGGUUCGAGAGCAAAACCAAAGCCAACGUCUCGUCAUGGUCGGGUCCUUCGUGCAAUUUAUUCUGAGGACUCUGACUCCGGUAGCGAGAAGAUGAUGACCACAUCCCACCAAAUCAACCUGGACAGCAUGGAUCCAUCAGCAACGAGUCAGGCGAUUGCGUCCAGGGAUAACUUUACGGAUCCAUCAGCAACGAGUCAGGCGAUCGCAUCCAGGGAUAACCUUACCGCAGACGAGGGCCCUGCAUCACAGCUACAGUCCAAUACGGAGAGGGAUGGGGCGCAUGCACCAUCUCCUAAACGUGAUGCACCUGACAUACCCACAGAGUUCACUCCUGCCCCUCAGAGAGGAGGAGGAGGAGAUGGAGAUGGUGGAGGAAAUGGAGGAGACAGAGAUGAGGGAGGAGACGGAGGAGAUGUAGGAAACGGAGGAGAUGUAGGAAAUGGAGGAGAUGUAGGAAGCGGAGGAGACAGAGGAGGCAUAGGUGGAGGCAGUGGAAGAGGAGGAGGAUUUCAAUCAAUGAACGAAGGUUCAUUCGGUGACAACAUUCCUCCUCAUGGAGGCCUACCUGAUUCUGACAGGGUCCCUGCAAUUAUUGACCGUCAAUCUGCAGAACCUAUGCACUCUCAAGAGCCUUUCCGUCAUGAACUUCGCAAACCUCACAGGCCCAUUCAUCAAGAUCUGCGUGGUUAUUACCCUCGUGAUUAUUACUCUCGUGAUUACUACAGGGAGACUCACUUCCAUAAUUCACGUGGUACUCUCCCUCCUGAUCCUCGCGGCUCUCUCCCUCCUGAUUCUCGCGGUUCUCUCCCUCCUGAUCCUCGUGGCCCUCUCCCUCCUGAUUCUCGCAGCUCUCUCCCUCCUGAUCCUCGUGGCCCUCUCCCUCCUGAUCCUCGUGGCCUUCUCCCUCCUGGUCAUUGUGGUCCUCUCCCACUCGAGCCUCAAGAGCGCUUGAACCGAGAGCAUCACGAUCCUCGUUAUCCUGGUCAUACAGCUUAUGAAUCUUCGUAUUCGGAUUAUGGUCACCUGCAUCCGCACGAUACAUACUAUUCUCGCAGGUGCAAUGCCAAUGACAGCGCUCCUGAACACCAUGAUGCUCGCAGUCGCACGUGCGACUUGUCUCCAGUGACAGAAUCGAGCAUGGAUUACACUAUGGAACGGGAGCGCGGCCGCUCAUUAACAUACUCUGACCACGACAGAUAUACUCCUGCUUACAUGCAUGAACAUGGAUACCCCUCGCGUGCUGAUCAUGACGAUCGUGGCUAUGGAUUUCCUCCCCAGAGCGGAGGUUACUAUAACAACCCUCAAGCCUUUAGGAGAGGAUAUGACAGAGACUCCAGAUGGGCCGAUCAGGGAGCGCGCAGCCCAUACCACCAUAACCAUGAUGCCAAUUCAAAUACCCAGCUAGGAGAGCAAUCCGGCAACGCACCCCCUUCUGCUUGAUCAUGUAUAUUUCCUUUAUUCUCCUAGCUCCAUCUGAUGUUUCUUUUUAUCUCCUCAAAGGAGAAGCCAUGUUAUUGUCACCUCCCUCGUUGCCUGUCUCUGUUCCGUCUCAUCAGCCCUUACAUUGUUCAUAGUAUUGUCUGCAUCACCUUCGUCUUCUUCCUUUUCAGUACCUCGUCUUUUUAAUGCUAUACUUCUGUAUGUUUUUUGACCAUCUCGUUACUCUACCUUCAGUGGCGGUUUUCUUGAAUAA